CUAGGAUUUUGUGAGAUUUGAAUGUAAUAUUCCAUACUAAUUUCUGUUCAAUUUAUUGACAAUACCCACCCGAGAUAUACCAGUUUAAAGGGAUGUUAUUUUUGGAUCAUGAGCGACGACGAGGAGCGGCGCGAGCCCACCGCGGAACCGCCGGUGGAUGACUCGGUGCCGCUGGCUUUCCUUCUAGGUCACAGGUACAACUACUAUGCGGAGGCCCAUCGACCAGUGCACGUCGCCACCGCCGUGGUAGGAUUGCAUGACAACUAUGUACAGGAAUCAUCACCUCGGCGUCGACGUUGUAGGAGGACCGACCACGCACCCCCACAGACUUUAGAGAUAUGAGCAAACGAGAGCGCGAAGUCCGGGCCAAGAUGGUCCUGGAUCCAUUAUCCCACAAAGCAGAGACGUUCCUCACGGGUGUCGACACUGGGCAGGAGUUUCAAUCUACGUCGACGCGAAGGCAGCUCAAGCAAGAUCGACUCAAGCAGCAACGCAUGAACGCAAGUCUUCACCAGGGUCCACCACCAGCAGAGCUGGCGUCCCUCGACACGUCGCACGGAUUCCACCGACCAAGGGACUUUCUCGCCGUUCACGCUCGACCGGUGCCCACGCUCCACGACAAAUACGAAGCCGCAAAGGUGGAAGUGCACAAGGUCCGGCUAAAGCAGCACUGGCACUUGCAAUAUGCCCAACACAUCCACAGCAUCGCCAAAGAUCAGCAGGAGUUUGCACAGCACAUGCUGGCCGCGCUGAAAGGCCGUCAUCCUAACAGAAAAUUGUACAUGGACGAGAAGCGCGUGGCCAUGGAGCGUAAGAAGAAGAAGACGGCGCAGGAUGAAGAGGUUCUGCGCAUGAAGCAGCAAAAGGACGCGGCGGCGUUGCGUGACCUGAAGGAUGAAAUUGCGAUGCGCAACCUCGCGGCCAAGCAUAAAAAGUCGAAUGCGAUGCGGUCGCAGCAUACGCAGUCGACCUGUCAACCGACGACAGCGCCGUACAAGCUGGACGAGCCGCCGAUCGCGUCGAGCCCGCGGCAUUUGGAGCAAGCGCGGCUUCCAUUGACGCAUCGGAAGCUGGGAGCGUUUCGCACGAGUCGACGCGGACAUGGCAACAUGCAGAAGUACAUUCUCAACAGCCCCGAUAGACCCAAAGCGGUGUUUGGCGGCGGUUUCCGAACCGAGCCGAAGGACAACAAAGACGACGACCAUGGUGGUGGUAGUGGGAACGAGGACGGCGGUAGGCCAUUGAUCUUGCUCGCCGAGCAGUUACCACUCCAUCUUCAGAGCCUCACUACGUCGACUUCUUGACAAUCGGGCGACACACGACGGCGGUGCCGUACACGAGCACGGUGCAGUGUAACCCAAAGACAAACCGAUUCAUGGUUGUGUUCGUUUCAAACUUGGUCAUCACGACAGCAGAUGCGCCUUGUGCCUAUAGCACUCCACACGUGAGACACACAUCGGUGACAUAUGGACCUACCAAGGCAGCGCCUUUCAGUCGAUGGAUCGCUUCUUGCGUUGUUUCAUUCAUAAGGGACGAGUACGACCUCGUCUCGCCUCCAAACAUGCCGCCCAACGCCGCGAGAAUGUCUUCCAAGAUGUUUUUCGUGCGCACGACGGUCGCGCUCACCACCCCCAAUUCCUUGACAAUUUGUCGCCCUUCGACGCAAUCUCGCGUCGACACCAACAACUUUGCUUCGCGCACUGCUGCCGAGGUAAUGUGUGUGUCGUCUGUCGCCUUCGUGGCCAUGCCCAUCGCCAUUUCCCGCCGCAGCCGACUGCAUGUCGGCAACACUCGACGCAGCAUGAUGAUGUGGACGAAAUGCCGAAUGAAG